UGGGCCCACCGUCUUGGGCUGAACCGCUGCACUAUUGUGCUACGAAAGAACAUUCGAACGGAAAAAUCGCGCGCGCGCACGUCCCUAAACGACGAUCGAGCGACCAAAGCGAAACGGAAAAGUUCUGCGUGCCAAGUGACUGUGCCUGUCGUCGGAUCAUUAUCGUAAAAGACUAUUACCGCACUUUAAUCGUGACAAUUUUCGCACCUUCCAGCUUUAUCGGGAAGAAAGCAGAAAAAAAAUACACACCUUAUCACCGCACCCCGUUUUACCGAAGUCGGUAGUCGGAUUUAAUUCAGUCAUCAAACCAAAAAUGAAUACUUUGCUCAUACUGUCCGCAGUUGUGACGGUGAUCGCCGCCCAGAGGGACUACACCACACCGGUUCCCAUCCUGAAGCAGAUCAACCGACACAACGAGGAUGGUAGCUACAGCUACGGUUACGAAGCUGCCGAUGGCUCGUUCAAAAUAGAAACCAAAUAUCCCACCGGAGAAGUGCAGGGCAAGUACGGCUACAUCGACGAUGCCGGAAAGCUUCGCGAAAUCGAGUACGGAGCGAGUAAACGAGGAUUCGAACCGGCCGGUACCGACAUCAACGUACCACCGCCGACGUUAACAAACAACAAUCACGCCUACCCGCCACUGGGUCCGGACGAGGAAGACGACGGCCAGUAUCGGGAGGACCCUAGCAUCUACUAUAAGGACUCGCGGUAUAACACGAAGCCAUCGGCACCCGCCUAUCAGCCGCGUCCAGCUCCCGUUCAGUAUAAUCCUGCUCCACAGCAGUACUACCAGAACAACGUAACACCUGCUCCGGCGUAUCAGCAGCCACAGCACCGCUUCCAGGCACAACCACAGCCACAGCAACAGUACUAUCGGCCGGCUCAGCAACGUGCCGAAUACUGGCAUCCGAACGCCCAAGUGGACAUCAACACCGGAUCGUAUUCACUUAGCUACACCGGUUGAGCCAUCGGCUGUGAUACCGUGUGUGCGUCCGUGUGUGUGUGCUCCUAAGUCAAAUCUACUGCUGCCUUAAAUGCCAAUAAAUAUAUUUGAUAUUGUUGAUUGUUUAGCCAGGUGCUAACGAUCCCAGCUCCUGGGAUCCUGUGUUGUGGUCUGAAGCUCAACAAUUGAACAGUCAUAUACUUUUACUAGUGUUUAGUUGGUUUCAAAAAUAGUCUACAGUUGAGACGAUUUGUUCGUGUAUGCAUGAUUGAGGUUGCAAUAAA